UGGAGUUCGUUAGCGGGUUUAAUUAUGACUCAAGAAAUGAUUAAUUUGAUUUCUCGUUUGGAAAAAGCCACCGAAAAGUUGGAGUCUAUCGCAGGAAUUUCUCCGCCUUCUUCUACAACUUCCACUUCUGCCUCAAAUAAAAACUUUUUUAUUUCUGCUUACGAUGAGUUUCUUUCUUCUACCGUUGAUAAAUAUGUAGAGGCUUCAAAGAAAUGUGCCGCACCCGUUUACGAAAUAGCUUUACUCGUAAAAGAAGCGUUUCUAGCACAACGUGCCUUCAUAGCUACAGCAGGUGACUGUAGAAAACCAAAUCAGAGUGAAUUGACAUCUCUUUUUAAGCCUCAAAAAGAUGCAAUUGUUGCUAUUUGUAAUUAUCAAAGUAAAGAUUUAAAUGUGAAGAACCACAUUAGAGCCGUCACGGACUCUGUAAUUGCACUUGAGUGGGUCUCUCAGGAGGAUCCCUUCAAUUUUGUAAAAACUACCAGCGAGCCGGCCGAUUAUUUUGCUAAUAAAGUUCUUCAAGAGUACAAAUCUAAGGAAAACCCAAACAACCAAUGGGCAAAGGAAUUUAAGUCUUUAUGGACGGGAUUAGCCAAUUACGUUAAAGAAUAUCAUGAUAAAGGAUUUUCUUAUAAUCCUAAUGGCUGUUCUCCGAAAUCCUGUGAAGAAAAAGUUAAGCCGAAUUCGACCACUUCUGCUAAAGCAACUUCUGGAGGAACUUUUGAGUUGUUUUCAGCACUUAACAAAGGCGGAGACAUAACUAAAGGACUUAAAAAGGUUGACAAGUCUCAAAUGACGCACAAAAAUCCAGCCUUGCGAGCUUCUUCUGUAGUUCCUUCUGAAACGCCCAAGAAAGAAACAUCCACUCCCAAACCCACCAAUACGAAAACUUCUGAAGCUUCGUACGAGCACGUGAGAGGAAAAAAGCACCAUUUUGAGUUUUAUAAAGGAGACCAUUCGCUGAAAGUUCCAGAACCGACCAUUCAGGAGAAUAUCAUACUUUACAAGUGUGAGAAUUGCACGCUUCAAGUUAAAGGCAAAUGCAAUAAUAUUGUUAUUAAUAAUUGCAAAAAGGUUGCUAUAGUUUUUCACACGGUCAUUUCUUGUGUGGAAGUAAAUAAUUCUGUAUCCUGCCAAGUUCAAGUGUUGGGUUCUGCGCCAAUGAUUACUCUCGAUAAGGUGGACGGCUGCCAAAUCUAUUUAAGUAAAACUUCGUUGAAUACCGAAAUCAUCACAGCGAAGACGUCAGAAGUAAACGUUAACGUUUCUGGUGAAACGGAAACUGAAGAUCCUGUUGAGUACUCUCUUCCUGAACAGUUCAAAAAUGUUUGGUGUGCCAAAGAAAAGAAAUUUUGCACGGCGCCUGUAACCCACGGUUGAGCUGAAAAU